GUUAUGAAGAAAUAGAUUAUGUGAACAUUAUUCCUUUACAUUGUUUUUUACAUGCUGCUUAAUCAAGGUUAUAAUUUUCAAUGAUCUCAAGGAUAUUGUUUUCCCAUGCUACAGCACGUGGUGGGCAUCUGAAGAAAGCAAAGAUAAAGGGGAUCAUAAUAGGUGUUUCUGCAGCAACUUGUGUCUUUCUCCUACUCUGCACUUGUUAUCGCUUCUACAGGCACAAAAAGAAGCGACAAUUCCCCCCAUCCUCCAAAUCCCUUUCUCAAAGUGCCAGUUUGAAGCCAUCCUUGAUGGAUCCUGAAAUGGACAGUGCCCUUUUGCAGACUCAUGUCUUCUCGUAUGCUGAACUAGAGGAGGCCACCAACAAGUUUGAUGCCUCUGAUAAACUUGGUGAUGGAGGCUUUUGCACUGUUUAUAAAGGUAAGCUUCAAGAUGGACGUACUGUUGCAGUCAAGCGACUAUACGAGAACAACUACAGGCGGGUUGAACAGUUCAUGAAUGAGAUACAGAUCCUAUCACGUCUCCGUCAUCAGAGACUUGUUAUCCUCUAUGGCUGCACGUCUCACCAAAGUCGGGAGCUCCUUCUCGUGUACGAGUUUGUGUCAAAUGGCACUUUGGCGCAUCACCUCCAUGGUUCCCGGGAAAGUCAGUGCAUCCUCACAUGGCCAAUGCGUCUGAGAAUUGCCAUUGAGACAGCUGAUGCACUUGCCUACCUCCAUGCAGUCAACCCACCAGUCAUACACCGAGAUGUCAAAACUAAUAACAUUUUACUUGAUAGCAACUUUCAUGUCAAAGUUGCAGAUUUUGGGCUUUCACGUCUCAUCCCCAAGGAUGUCACACAUAUCUCUACUGCUCCACAGGGCACACCAGGAUACUUGGACCCUGAGUACCAUCAGUGCUUCCAGCUCACCGACAAGAGUGAUGUUUACAGCUUUGGAGUUGUACUAUUCGAACUUAUAACCUCCAAGCCUGCUGUCGACAUGACUCGGAACCGGAGCGAGAUCAAUUUGGCUAACAUGGCAAUAACCAGAAUCCAGAGAGGCGAACUCGAGCAAUUGGUGGACGCUGCCCUAGGGUAUCAAUCGGAUGAGGUUACAAGGAAGAUGAUCACCAUGGUGGCAGAAGUGGCAUUCAGGUGUUUGCAAUCGGAUGGGGACAUGAGGCCACCCAUAAAGGAGGUCCUCGAGGUGUUGCAAGCAAUAGAGAGCGAUGGGAACAGACCAGAGAAGAAGGAACAUGGUGUUGCUGAGAGUCGAGAUGAUGCUGAGUUGCUGAAGAAUACCGAACCAUUCUCUCCUGAUUCGGUCAUGAACAGGUGGACCAGUAGGUCUACGACACCGCAAGCUAGUGAAUGAUAGUAAGAUUAUGUUGUUUCUUCUUUAAAUUUGCACAGGGCAAUCAAAAUGCCCACUGUCAGCAUAUACAACCUUCUAUUUUCAAGGUCCAGGUUUCUCUAAUGAGUUUGAUUGAGGAAAUGUACAUAGCAGAAAAGAUUUCUGAUCUUUGAUUCACAUAUUUUCAUGCAGCUCCUGUGAGCAUGCUGUUACAGUAAGCUUCUUAGUGUAAGAGCUUCUAUUUUCUCUAUUAAUUAUAGCUUUAAUUCAGUAGGAA